UCCGUUAAAUCUGUUGAACGCGUCUUUCUCCGCGCGUCCAGAAACACGCCGGAUCGGUCUGAAGCGCGUCGGAACCCGCUUGCAGCCGCUGCCUUUGUGGAUUGGCUGUGGAUUGACUUAAUGCCUCCUUUAAAAGCCCUCUUCGGGGUUUUAAGUUCAAGAAAACACCCGGACCCUUCGCCUUCUCGUCUUUGACUCUCUCGGGAGAAUUAAAUGUUUAUUUGUUGGCACCGGUGGAGCGCGAGAUCUUGCCGGUUGCGGACGAUGUUCGUCGUUUUUGUAUAAAACACCUUGUCGGUAAAACUUUACCUCAGAAAACACAGUGGAUAACUUGUGCGUUUCCCCGAGAUUAUUUUGUGUAUUUUUUACCUCAGAAAGUGAUGGCGGAGCGGGGGGCACGGCUGAUCGUUUAUUUCGCAAGUCUCAUCGUUCUCCGGUUCGGCGGUGCGGAUAAAGAGAGCGAGAGAAUAAGCCAUUACAGAUUUGGAGGUUUUGUUGGUACUGGCAUCCGAGGUUUUACCCCGUUCAGGUUCUCGGUCGAACCUGUCGACACACUGGCCGUACGAGGCCUCCCCGCUGUCCUGAACUGCUCGGCCGCUAGUGACGCUCCGGUGAGGGUGGAAUGGAAGAAGGACGGGACGUUCCUGAACCUGGUGGCAGACGACCGGAAGCGGCAGCUCGCAGACGGCUCAUUGCUCAUCAGUACAGUGGUCCACUCCAAACACAAUAAGCCUGAUGAGGGGGUGUACCAGUGCGUGGCCACCAUAGACAACCUGGGCACCAUCAGCAGCCGAACCGCUUGCCUCACAGUGGCAGGACUUCCUCGGUUCCUCAGUCAGCCAGAGGGUGUUUCGGUGCGCUCGGGCGGCACUGAGAUGCUGAGCUGCGAAGUGACUGAAGAGCUCGUCCCGUUCACCCGCUGGGAGAGAGACGGUCGGCCCGUGGAGCUGAACGCCAGGGUCAUACAACUGCCCAGUGGAGCUCUGGUCAUCAGCAACGCCUCCCAGAGCGACGCCGGACUCUACCACUGCACCAUAGACGGCCUGGGACCGGCCAAAACCACAGAGGAGGCAGAACUACAGGUGUCUGCAGAUUCUGGUGUUGAAGAAAAGCUGGAGACUCUCCAGGGCCCGGUUUCUGUGGUGAAGGUUAUCGGGGAGAGCGUGUUAUUACCAUGCGUCAUGAAGGGAUUCCCCGUGCCAGUGAUUCGCUGGACGUUUAACGACCGGCCAGUUGACGAGAGCCGUGAGCGUUUUGCUGUGAUUGGCGGGGGAAGCCUGCAGAUCGUUAACCUGACCGCAGAGGAUGCUGGGAAAUAUGCCUGCCAGACGGACAGCGGCAACAUGACCAGCGAGAUUCAGGCAGAGCUCACGGUGCACGUUCCUCCACGGUUCUUGACGAGACCCUCCAACACUUACGCCCAGGAGUCCAUGGACAUCAUCUUUGAGUGUGAUGUCACCGGCUCGCCGCCGCCCACCAUCAAAUGGAUGAAGGAUGGAGACACGGUCAUUCCCAGUGAUUAUUUCAGGAUAGUGAAGCAGCAUGACCUGCAGGUUUUGGGUUUAGUAAAAUCAGAUGAAGGUUUUUAUCAGUGUUUAGCGGAGAAUGACGCCGGGAACGUCCAGGCAAGCGCUCAGCUGAUCAUACUGGAUUUAGCGUCCAGCCCGGCCGAGCGCAGCGGCCCGACGCCCUCCGCCCCGCGUGAUGUCGUGGCAUCUCUGGUGUCCACCCGAUUCAUCAAGCUGACAUGGCGACUUCCUGCCGAGCCGCACGGGGAGAACAUCACCUACUCUGUGUUCUACAGUCUGGAAGGCACUAACAGGGAGCGUGUGGAGAACACCAGCGGACCUGGAGAGAUGCAGGUCACCAUCCAGAACCUCGUCCCCGACACCAAGUACACCUUUCGGGUGGUCGCGUCCAACACUAACGGCCCGGGAGAGAGCUCCACCCCACUUACAGUGGCCACCCAGCUGGAGGUCCAGGUCCCGGGUCCGGCUCCGAAUCUGCAGGUGGUCUCUGUCAGCACUGCCUCGGUCACGCUGAGCUGGGACAGACCCAGCACUGGAAACGGUGAGAUCCAGACCUACAGACUCUUCUACAGCGAGAAGGGACACGACUCGGAGCAGGACAUUGACGUCACGGGUCUGUCCUACACCAUGACGGGCCUCAAGAAGUUUACAGAGUACAGUUUCAGGGUUGUGGCGUACAACAAACACGGCCCCGGCGUCUCCACUGAGGACGUUGUGGUCCGAACGCUGUCUGACGUGCCGAGCGCCCCGCCGCUGAACCUCACUCUGGAGGUCCUGAACUCAACGAGCAUCAUGGUCCGGUGGCAGCCGCCUCCUCCUGGGACCCUGAACGGAGAGCUGACGGGGUAUAAGUUACGCUACAGGAAAGGACUCAGGAGAGCAGACGCAAUAGAGAUGUCAACCACACAGCUCUAUCAGCUCAUCGACGGUCUGGAGAAGGGAAAGGUUUACACUGUGAGAGUGUCGGCCUCCACCGUGAACGGGACUGGACCCACGACCGAGUGGAUCGCUGCCGAAACCUUCGAGAAUGACCUGGACGAGUCUCAGGUUCCAGGAGUGCCGAGUUCUCUUCAUGUUCGUCCGCUGGUGAACCGAAUCGUGGUGAGCUGGACUCCUCCAGAAAACCAGGAGAUUUUAGUGCGAGGUUAUAAGAUCGGAUACGGGAUCGGCAGUCCUCAUGCCCACACGGUCACUCUGGAUUACAAGCAGCGCUUCUACAGCAUCGAUGACCUCGAUCCCAGUUCCCAUUACGUCAUCACGCUCAAGGCGUUCAACAACAUGGGCGAAGGCAUUCCCAUCUACAACAGCGCCACCACCAGACCUCAGUCCGACCCCAUAGACCCUGAUAUUGAUUUUUAUGAACUCUUUAAUAACCCAUACACCCCAGCACCCGACCCCACACCCAUGCUGCCCCCGGUGGGCGUUCAGGCCACCGUCCUCAGCCAGGACACCGUCAAAGUCAGCUGGGCCGACAACUCGCUCGCCAAGAACCAGAAGAUCACCGACUCCAGAUAUUACACCAUCCGCUGGAAGACCAACAUCCCCGCCAACACCAAAUACAAGAUGGCGAACACCACGUCUCUGUUUCAUACGGUAACGGCUCUGAAGCCCAACACGCUUUAUGAGUUCUCCGUUAUGGUGACCAAGAGCCGCAGGAGCAGUACAUGGAGCAUGACGGCCCACGGGACCACCUUUGAGUCCGUACCCAGCUCUGCUCCGAAAGAUGUGACUGUGAUCAGUAAAGAGGGAAAUCCUCGAAUCAUCAACAUCAACUGGCAGCCUCCGACUGAAGCCAACGGCAAGAUCACAGGGUACAUCAUCUACUACAGCACCGAUGUGAACGCUGAGGUCCAUGAUUGGGUGGUGGAGCCCGUGGUGGGAAACAGACUGACCCAUCAGAUUCAGGGGCUGACGCUGGACACCACAUACUACUUCAAGAUCCAGGCCAGAAACUCCAAAGGCAUGGGACCCAUGUCAGACGGGGUGCAGUUCCGCACCCCCAAAGCUGAACCAUCAGACAAAAUGUCAAGUGAUCAAGGGCUGCUGGUCAAACCCGGUCACCCGACGCUACCGGAGCACGGGAUUGGGUCAAACAUGGAUAAACCAGGCAUCACGGGCAGCCAGGAGAAUCAUCUUCUGGUGAUCGUGGUGAUUGUGUGUGUCGGUGUGUUCACCAUCAUCGCUGUGGUCGUGGGGGCCGUCCUGUGCACACGCCGCUCCAACUCCCACCAGAAGAAGAAACGUGCGGCCUGUAAGUCCAGCACCAGCUCCCACAAGUACAAGAGCUCAUCUAAAGACCUGAAACCUCCUGAUCUGUGGAUCCAUCACGAGCGUCUGGAGCUCAAACCCAUGGACAAAUCACCCGAUCCCAACCCGGUCAUGACCGAGACGCCCAUCCCGCGGACCGCCCAGGACCCGGCCGCUGAGCCCAGCCAUCAGAGACGGGGUCAUGAGGGGGAGGACAGCGUCUCCACUUUGGCCGGUCGGAGGGGAGUGAGACCGAAAGUGAUGAUGCCGUUUGACUCUCAGCCUUCCCAGCCUGUGAUUAGCGCUCACCCCCUCCAUUCCCUCGAUCAUCUUCAUCACCAUCAUCAUCACUAUCACCUCCCGCCGCGUGGCUACCUUCAUCACCAGAUCGGCCUGAGAGCGCCUGCCACCCCCAGCACGCUCUCAGACAGGCCUCCGUCUGCAGAAUCUGUGAGGAAUCAGCCCCCUGCACCUGAACCUCCGGUGGCCCCCAGUCAGCCCAGCACUACAGCUGAACUGGAGAAGACCGAGGCGCUGAUUAAAGAGGAAGAGCCACCGAGCAUAAACCCACCGACGGCCCACGUGCGGCCCACACACCCGCUCAAGAGCUUCGCUGUACCAGCCGUCACUGUUUCCGCUCAUAACCCGUCCACCUAUGAGAGCGCAUUACCCAGCACCCCUCUGCUGGCACAGUCAGUGAAGAUGGCGUCUAUCGGGACACUAAAUCGAGUUCGAGCUCCGAUGGCAGUAACCGUCCCGAGUGCACCUGACCAAUCAGAAACCAGCAAGAUGCUGGACGUGACGUAUGAGACGGAUGAACUCUCAGAGGAGAUGGCCCAUCUGGAGGGUCUGAUGAAGGACCUGAACGCCAUCACCACAGGCUGAAGCGCUGCAGUCUCACACGGCUGAACCGUGUCCUCAGGAACAACCAGGACAUUUGAAUUAACACUGAUCUCAGAUCAGCCUUGUGAAUGACUGAAAACAGAUCAUGCUUCAUCUUCUCCAUCUUGCAUGGCAGAGAAAUCUGUAAAUCGAUGAAAACUCAAUGCCAUUUUGUCAACUCGGAUGAACCGUUCCACACAGAAAACGUGUUUUUAAUGUUUUUUGGAGAAUUGUAUUUACGUAUUCCAUAUUUUUAGCCUGUAUGUAUUUUCAUUGUGUAUAUGAUCAUUUUAGGACUUUUAUUUCUUAGGGUGAAACGUCACAUGCUCAAACAUUCAUGAAAUGCAAGCAGUGUGUAAAUUAUGCAUAAAACCAUCCUUAUGUAAAUUGUGGCAUUAAGAUCAAUGCAAAAAUGUACAUAAUGAACGAUUACACGUAAAUUUGUACAUGGAUCCAUUUUCACAUAAAUGUUGCAUUCAGAAAACCGUUUUCGCGUUAAUUGCAAAUAGGCAUUUUUUCAGUUUCAGUAACAUCAUCUUAGUUGUUGCAUUUUGAAUUUGAAUGCCAUUAAUUACAUAAGAGCAGUUAUUGAACGAUUUGCAAAUAAUUUAGUUAUCUCUGUUUGCUCAUGACUGUUUCAUGGGCUUUUUUUUGCAGUGUCUUUCAUCAUGUUUAAGUGUUUCAUCUCUGGAGAGAAACCUAAAUCUCUAGUCUUCAAACGCCGGUAGCAUUCAAAGUCUUAAUAUGCAUUGGAAAUUUCUACAAGGACAGACAUUUACGACCAUCUUAAUUCAAUCCCAGUCCAGUGACAUUGAUGUUUGUUGCUUCAGAAACUCCUCAAACAUAAGACUUGGGAGAACGGAGAGUGAAUGAACCGGUUCCUCUUCCUCAGGACCCUGAUGCCUGUUUUUGGGGCCCUGGAGAUUCAUCAUGAAGGAGUUUAAUGCCAAGUGACUCUCGGAUUUUUGUACUUUGAGAGGUCUAUAAAUAUAUAUACAGUGAACUGCAAAUGUUUGCUUACGUGAAUACUUUGUACACUCUUAAAAAAAGGACAAUUUUUAUAUAUAUUCAUCUUUCAGUUGGUUUUUAUAUGAAGAUGACACAUUGCUUUGUAAACAUUUUCCAUGUAAGUUAUGAAUGGUUAAAUAUUCUGCGUUGUUUUCACCGUGCUGUUUAGCCAAUCCCUUCUCCCAAAGAAUGAGCGAAAGAAAAUAUCAGCAAUGAACUCGGUCUUGCUCGUGUACAGUUUCUCACAUCAUGAAUGUCAAUGUGGCUGUAACAAGGUCUGCUUAUGAAUACAGUUGUUGUUUGUGUUUACAAUAACGGGGGAAGAUUUAAAAAAUAAAAAAAAGGAAAAAAGACACCAAACCAUGUUGUAUGGCUGGUGUACCGUCAACUGUCAUUUGCACUUUUUAUAUUUUGGAUUUGAAAUGAAUCGCUGAUGCCAUGUGAAAUAUGAACCUAUUUUAUGUAACAAUGAUGUCACAAGUAAACGGCUGGUUUUAAAAACA